AUGCACACGUACGACCGCGCUGCCCCGCUGGGUGUUGGUCAGGUGAAGUGUGCCGGCAACUAUGCUGCCGACAUCGUCCCAGCAAAGCAGGCCAAGGACGCCGGCUUCCCGAUCUGCCUGUACUUGGAUGCCAGGGAGCACAAGUACGUCGAGGAGUUUAGCACCUCGAAUUUUGCCGCGAUCACGAAGUCGAAUGUCUACCUCACGCCGAACUCGAAAUCCGUGCUGGGGUCCGUUACCAACAUGUGCCUAGAGGUCCUGGCCAAAGACAUGGGCAUGUCCGUGGAGAGGCGGCCCAUCGAUUUCGAGGCUGAGGUUGCCAACUUCAAGGAGGUUGGGGCCAUUGGCACCGGCGUCGUCAUCACCGUGAUUGACUCCAUCACACGGGGCGACAAGAAGUACACUUUCGAGCAGCCAUCGGCUGUGCUCCAGAGCAUGUACAACAAGCUGCGGGCGAUCCAGGUGGGAGAUGAGCCGGACACGCACGGGUGGCUGCGCGAGAUCCCUGCCUGA